AUGUGUAGCGAUCACUACCCCAUUGCCACUCUUGUGAAUGUCCCUCCCGACAAAUUCAAACGUUUUUCCUACAAAAUCAACCACUCCAAGGUAGAUUGGGAUGCCUUCCAAGGCUACCUUAAAGUUAAUGAAAACCUCAUUAACAAUACCCCAAAUUCGAUGUCCCCCCAACUCAAAUACGAAUCCUUAAUUGACGUCAUUAUGUCAGCAAUUCAAGCCUCGUCUCCAAAACCCAAGGACUCGUCUAAAUACUUCAACAAACGUAACCGCAGAUCCUCUCCCUCAGCUCCCUGGUGGAACGAAAACUGCUCACAUGCCGUCGCCCUCAGAAGGAAGGCCACAUCCCUUUUCAGAAAAUCUGGCAAAAAAUCAAGUGGUUUAAAAACCGCAAGGCAUAUACCCCCACAAAUAUCCCUAAUCAAGACAAUGAAUCUGCCGAUCAAAUGCGGAGUUUCAUCUCCGACUUCUGUCCCAAACUUCCGCCCAACUACAUCCCCCCCCCUUCCUCCAGCCAUCCCCUGCCAAAGCAACCUCUUUCUUCAAAAAGAGUUAAGCCCACAUGAACUCAAACAUGCUCUCUCCGUCACUAACAGCACCUCUCCUUCAGGCCUGGAUAAAAUCGACUAUUUUGUUUUGAAAAAACUCCCUAACUCCUACAAAAACUGUCUUCUAGACAUCUUCAACUCCCUCCUUAACUCCGGCCCAUUUCCAGAUUCAUGGAGAAAAUUCUUAGUAUUCCUUCUCCCCAAAAAUACCCCGGACAAAUUUCGUCCCAUAGCCCUUGCUUCCUGCACCCUGAAACAUCUCGAAAAAUUAAUAGCCAACCGCCUCAUGUGGUGGCUAGAAACUGAACAAGUCCUGCCCAAUAAUCAGUUCGGCUUCAGAAAACUCCGAUCCUGCGCUGACAACCUCUCUAUUUUAAGCACCGAAAUCCUUACAGGUUUCGCAUCCAAACAAUUCACUCCAUGUGUCUUCAUCGACAUAAAGGGAGCAUUUGACAACGUCAACCCCCUCACUUUAUACAAUGACCUAGCCCGUAUAGGAAUACCCCAAAAAUUAGCUGACUUCGUCUACGUCCUACUAGCCCUCCGCCAACUCUACUUCGUAUCGCCAGAUGAGCUCAACGGCCCCUACCCUAUGGACAAAGGCGCAGGUCAAGGACUAGUCCUUAGCCCCAUCCUAUUCAACAUUUAUACUUCUUUCCUAGCCCAACUCCACCAGUUCCAGGCUGAAUCUAUCUUCUUCGCCGACGACCUCGUAAUCUUUUCUCGCAACUCCAACGUCUCCUCUUCUUUGGAAUCUGUAGAAGAAGCAACCAACUCCAUAGCCAAUCAUCUAUCUGACAGAAACCUUGAAAUCUCCCCUGAAAAAUCUCACCUAAUCAUCUUUUCUAAAAAACACUUCAUCCCUUCCGACUACUACAUCUCUAUCAACGACACUCUCAUUCAUGCCGAAGAAACCCCCCGAUUUCUUGGGGUCACCUUAGAUUUCCGGUUCUCCUUCUCCCCUCACAUCUCAGCCUUAACCACACACCCCAAUAAGCUCAUCACCUUCUACAGAGGUCUAAUUCGGAGCUCCAUAGAAUAUGGCAGUCACAUCCUUCGGUAUAUGGCUAAAUGUUUCUCCCAAUCACUCCACCCUGCUCUCGACAAGCUCGCCUCCCUAUACUCGAUCCUUUCUAGGAAAAACUCCAACAUCCAUAACAUCAAAACCGAUUUCCCCAUUUAUCGCUCGUACACCAAACUCCUGGAGCACAAGCACCGAAUUCACUCCCACUCCCUAGCUACCCCUUACGAAUUUCAGUUCUCUCUCAUCAAUUCCCCGCCUCUAAUCAACACUUCCAUUGGCCAUUCCUUAAAGAAUGCUAAAAACAACCUUGACCUCCACACCCAAAUUUACACUGAUGGGUCGAAAACACAUGAGGGCUCCUAUGUGGGCUUUGCAGUCGUUGUCUCCUCCAAAGAUAUCGUCAUCAAACACAAGAUAACUUCUUAUGCCUCGAUAUUUACAGCGGAAGCCCUAGCCUUAUUAACUUCCCUCCAAACCAUUCAUUCCCUUAAAAUCGAACGCUCCGUUAUCCUCUCAGACUCCCUCAGCGUUCUGACAGCUCUAUCCCAUCUUUCAAACCAAAAAUCUUCCUCUCGCAUAGUCUAUGAAAUCCUCGAACUCUACUCAAAUCUCUCCCUCAAUGGAUACCACAUCUCUCUCAUCUGGAUUCCCUUCCACGCGGGAAUCCCAGGUAAUGAAUUAGCUGAUCGUCACGCCAAAGAGCCCACUACCAACGGCAUCUGUCAUAACACUUGCAUCCCCCACUCUGAGUUCAGAGAAUCUUUGUCGAGGAGCCUGAAAGCCAAAACCGCCAAACUCCUCAGAACCCAAAGCAUCCGUAAAGGCUCCCUCUACUUUAAACACUUCUACAAUGGUUUUCACCCCCCCUGGUUCCACUCCUUAGGUAUUGACAGAUCCCAAAUUUCCUCAAUCUCUAGCAUGAGAUCCAAUGAGAUCCUCUUCCGCAAAAAUAUCGUCAACUCUCCACUCUGUGAAUGUCACCUUCCCGAAACCCUAUCAUAUAUUUUCUGGUUCUGCCCCUUAUAUACCAAUGAACGCACCCCCUUUGUGAAAGCUUUGAAAAAGUUGAAAAUUUCCUCAUUCAACAUCCAAAAGCUCAUCUCUCACCCAAGCACCAAAGUUGCCUUCCUCAUUCACAACUACUUAAAAUCUAUCCACAAAUCAGUCUAA